AUGAAUAAAUCAAAUCUAAGUCAACAAUCAGUAAUUGUUAACCUUUUCGGAAGUCUAAGUCCCAUUUGCUUAAAUUUUUCUCCAGCCGAAAAUGUUACAUUGUUUGACCUUAAACGAACAAUUUAUUCUCGUAUACAAAUUGACCCCGAUCAAGUAUAUUAUACCUCUUCUGGUAAAUGCUUAACUGAGGACGAACAAAUAUUUGAGAAUGAACAAGUAAAAUUCAAAAUUUUAAAUCUCAAUCUUCGGUUGUUGGGAGGAAAGGGUGGUUUUGGAUCAAUGUUGAGGGCACAAGGUGGUAAAAUGGCUAGCCAAAAAACCACCAAUUUCGAAGCCUGUCGCGAUUUAAAUGGAAGAAGAUUGAGGACAGUUAAUGAAGCUAAAAGAUUAGCUGAUCAUUUAGAACAAGAACCAGAAAGACAACGUAUACGAAGAGAAAAAAUACAAAAAAGAAUAACUGAAGGAAUGACUGAACCUCCUCCAAAGAAAAUUCGAUUUGAUGAUACCGAAUAUUUGAAAGCUAGUGAAGAAAUGAAAGAAAAAUAUUUAAAUUAUCAAAAGAAAGUUUUAUUACCAAAAAGUAAAUUAGUAAAUUAG